UGUGCAGCGCUGCUCCCAGCGGAGGGUUCCGGCUGUGGCCAGUACCUCGGCGUCUACGCGUCGCCCGGCAGGUCCGGGGCUCCGGUCCGUGCCGGUGCAGGCACCGGCAUGUGGCUGUGGGAGGACCAGGGCGGCCUCCUGGGCCCCUUCUCCUUCGUGCUGGUGCUGCUGCUGGUGGUGACGCGCAGCCCCUUCAACGCCUGCGUGCUCACCGGCAGUCUCUACAUCCUGCUGCGGUUCUUCAGCUUCGAGCCGGUGCCGUCCCGCCGGGCCCUGCAGGUGCUCAAGCCCCGUGACCGCGUGUCCGCCAUCGCCCAUCGCGGCGGCAGCCACGACGCGCCGGAGAACACGCUGGCGGCCAUCCGGCAGGCAGCUAAGAAUGGAGCAACAGGUGUGGAGCUGGACAUCGAGUUUACUUCUGAUGGAGUUCCUGUCUUGAUGCACGAUAACACAGUAGAUAGGACAACAGACGGGUCUGGCCGACUAUGUGAUCUGACAUUUGAACAAGUUAGGAAGCUUAACCCUGCAGCAAAUCACAGACUCAGAAACGAGUUCCCUAAUGAAAGGAUCCCUACCCUGAAGGAAGCUGUCACAGAGUGCCUCCGCCAUAACCUCACCAUCUUCUUCGAUGUCAAAGGCCAUGCAGAUAUGGUACAGUUCACUCCAUGGACUUCGCUAUUUUAAAAAGAUAUGAUCAUUUUCUUUUCCAAAAUUCCUUUUCAGAUGAGACAAACGGAUCAGAAGGUCAUCACAGCCCUAACUCACAGGCCUUGGAGCCUGAGCCACACUGGAGAUGGGAAGCCUCGCUACAGCGCCUUUUGGAAGCAGUCUGUGUUUGUGGUGUUGGACAUCUUGCUUGACUGGAGCAUGCACAAUGUCUUGUGGUACCUGUGUGGGAUUUCAGCCUUCCUCAUGCAGAAGGAUUUUGUCUCCCCGGACUAUUUGAAGAAGUGGUCAGCUAAAGGAAUCCAGGUUGUGAGUUGGACUGUCAAUACCUUUGAUGAAAAGAAUUACUACGAGUCCCACCUUGGGUCCAGCUACAUCACUGACAGCAUGCUAGAAGACUGCGCACCUCACUUCUAGACUCCCCAGGAGGAAACACAGUUGCAAAACUGCCUGGAGGCCUCUUGCAGGGACAUGAGAAAACUCUGUUAGCACAAGCCGUGGGGAACCUGUGGCUCAUACUGGCAAUAGCCACAGUGUCACCCCAACAAGCAGAAACCAGGCAUGCCAACCAUGCUCCAAGGAAGGCUCCACACUUGCCCUUAAAAUUCUGGAUCUGCAAAAAGGCAGGGUGGCCCCACCCUGACCCCACUGAGGGUACAGAGCUGCGAGGAUGAGCAGAGUGGGUCCUGCAAUUAGGGCGCAGGCACCAAUGCAUGGGGCUUGCAUGAUCACUCCAAGUUGACAUUUUAAAUCUUGCCGUACUUCAGUAAUUCACUUAUUUCCAAUAUUUGUCGUCAGCUUUGUUAAUGGCGACCUGUAGGUGUCAAACUUGUGACCACACUAAUAAAAUCAUUGAAAGGUGAACAGAGGGCAAA